AUGUACAUGUAUGAUGUGUCGUGUCACGUUACAAAGGCUACGGACGGUAUCGGGAAGCAGUAUACACUGCAGCUGCUAGCAGAGCUCGGUUUGAACAUUGUGCUCGUCGGCCGCUCGCCGGAGAAGCUGAAGGCGACGAAUGAUGAGGUUCGCGCGCGCGGCAACGUGCAGGUGAAGACGGUCGUCGUCGAUUGCAGCGGCGGCAGGGAGAUAUACGCAGACGUCGAGCGGAAGCUGAGUGAGCUGGAGAUCGGCGUGCUGGUCAACAACGUCAGCAUAGCGUACCCAGGCUUCUACAGCGACUUCCUGGCCAUCAGCAGGGAUUAUCACGCGGAUAUGAUCAACGUCAACAACCUGUCAUACGUCAUGAUGACGCACAUUGUGCUGCCGCAGGUUUGGUGGUCUUGUUCAUGUUAGCUUAAUUAAUUCAUGUAUCUGUUGGUGCUCGGCAAAAGGUUGUUGAAAAUGGUUGUUGCGGAGCGAAUGGCCAUAUGUGUAGAGCCAUAUGCCAUUGUCGGAGCUGAAUACGGUAGAAGGUAGACUAUUAACUGAGUAGAAUAUCCUUGAUAUAGGGUAGGCUUUAUUCCAUAUUCGUCAUUGGUGUGUGAUGUUGGACUAAAAAUAGCCUGCUGGUAUUUAUAAGACACCCUAAUUCUCAGUGUGAAGCUAAAAAUCAAACAUUUUAUAUUCUCUUUUGAAUCUAUUCAAUUUUAGUUUUUUGGCAUAUGUACAAUUUUAAUUGUUUUUAAAGUUCCAUUUUGAAGUAGUGAAGCCUUUUUGUAACUUCAGAGGAGGCUUCGUUUGAUUCACAGAACUUUAAUUACAUGUAAACAUGACAUUCAUUGGCAAUCACCGCACAAUUAUGUAUAAUUGGAAAUUACAAUAUUUAUGUAUCAGUUUUGUCUUAGAUACUAGCUGGUUAUACAAAUAUUUGUAAAUAAAAUAAAUGAUAACAAAUAUGAUGUUAUAGUUAAUUAUACUGAUUAUAAUGAUUACAUAUCUAUAGAGAUGUUAAAAAAUAUUUCUAUCAUCAAUUAGAUGUUAGAAAAUUCUUUUAGGCAAAACAGUAACAGUACAAUAAUGAGCCUUAAUAAAAUCAGAAUGAUAAAAUGUAUGUCACCCUAGGAAUUUGUAAACGUAAUAUGUAACAUUUGCUGCAACCAAUAUAAACCAAAGUAAUCCUCUACACAUGUACUGCUAAGUUAUACACUAUAGUUGAUGAGCGAAUAAAUCUCAAUUUCGGUAAAGGCAUAUACGUAGGAAUUGUAUAAAACCAAACAUAGUGCAUUGCUAUCACACAUUCCUAAUAUGCCAAGCGAGUUCACCGAGUGUGUCC